AUGGAUACCAUCAACAACGUCGCGACUGCCGCCUCCAAGGCCGUCUUUGGCGGCGCCGACGCCAACAAGGAGCCCGUCUCGGGCGCCCAGGGCGAUGUCGGCCGGGGUGAGCCCUACGAUGCCGGCAACCUGGACAGCGAGAGCCAGGAGAAGCUCGAGAAGACGCUAAGCGAAGACAAGGCAUCAAAAGAGAAGACGGACACGACCACAGCUGCUGCUCCUCCUACUGAUACCACCACAUCAGACAAGCCAGCGACCGACAAUGACGACGACGGUGACCACCCCCGCGCCGACCCCGCCGUGCCUGACGCCUCGGCCGUGGAGGAUUCAACCAAGGAGCCGGAGCCGGAGCCGGAGCACGUCGACCCCAAGGGUCCCAGCCCCAAGCCCGUGGCCCAGGUCGCAAGGGAGCAUGGCGGCGACGCCGGUCUCGCGCACAAGCCCACUGCAGAGGACGCGGGGGACAAAGGAGAGACGGAGGAGAAGGACGACAACAAGCCCCAGACGACGGGUGAGGUCGUCCACGCGACAGGUUUCGCCGCUGAGGGCGGUGACUUUGACGCCACCAAGCCCGGCGCAGGAAAGGAGGCUGAGCGCCUCACCGAGCAAGGCUCAUCGCCUGGCACAGCACCCUCCGGCUCACAAGCUACAGACGACGCCUCGGACAGCAAGGCCUCCAAGGGCAAGGACGGAAAGGACAAGCCGAGCCUAAAGGACCGGAUCAAGGCCAAGCUGAACCGACACUAA